AUGACACGAAAUAUCUCCCACGGCCGCGGCGGCGCUGGAAAUAUCUUCUCGAGCGAAGCCCCGAAGACUACCCCGCAGGACCUUGUCACCCCAACCAUCAAGCAAGAAGUCUUCACAACCGGCCGCGGUGGCUCUGGAAACAUGAUGCACAACGAUCCCGAUCGUCCCGAACUUGCGCGUGAAAGCCAGGACGUCGAGGCCCCGCCAAUUCGCGUCCAGGAAGCUCCGCAUCAUACCGGCCGUGGUGGCGUUGCCAAUCAGUACAUUCCCAGCGCAGAGGAAGAGAAGAAAGCUCGCGAGGAGGAGGAGCAAUUGCGUCGGGUCAUCACUUCAAGGUCAAUGCGGGAGCCCCGAGAUAUCGAGGAGGGGAAUGCGAAGGCUGAGGGCUCACAGUCGAACUGA